CCUCUUCUAAUAAACCUAAAAAAUAAAAAAGGAAAUAGAAAAAUCAAACCCCGUGCCGUUCCCCUUUUAAGCUUCUUCUUCUUCUUCCUUCUCUUUCAUAAGUCUCCUCGUCUCGCCCCUUUCCCAGCAGCAGAGCUUCCUUGCUUUCUUUCUCUCUCUUCUGUACAUAGAAAGCGCCAUAGGAGGAUGGAAAGAAAGAAAGCAGAAAAAGUGAAUCAAUUGAAGAUGGGAUUCCCAAAGGAAGAGAAAUCGAAGAGAGUCCUGAGAGGAGUGAAGACGGUGUUCUUCAUAAUAGUAAUGAUCUUCUCCUUCCUCAUCUUCUCAGCUCCGGUGCUCCUCGUAAUCGCCGAUACUCUCCUCCCGGUCUCCCUACUCUCCGCUUCCCUCUCCCCGUCUUCCUUCUCCCUCAGCACUCUCUCCGCCGACCUAAGCAACUACGAUUUCCGGUACUCCCUCGUCGACAUCCCGCUCAUUUCCAUCCUGAGAUCCGCCGUCAUCUUCUGCGUCUACAGCUUCUGCGAUGGCCCGAGGCUCUCGCGAGGACCGUACUUAGGGAUCACGGCGAUUUGCUCCGUCUCCUCGCUGAUUUACGUCUCCGUGAAGGCGCCAUCUCGGCUUGCCAGAAGGGACUCCCAAGGUACCAAAAGAAGAUCCUCCAGGAAGAAAGAGUCAAGUGACAAUGGCUAGCUGCCGAACCCAUGAACAACAACAAAAAAAGAAGAAAAAAAAAGACUAACCCAGACAUCUUCAGCAUUUUUUUCUCCUUCUUCAUGAUUAUCCCUUCGUGUUCUUCAGCAUCCCGGUUUGAGGUAAUUUCUUCAGGAUGGUCCUCUCUCCUUUAAAUGUUAUUUUCCGGACUAUGAUUCAGUGGUUGAAAUGGAUGUACAUUGUUGGGUGGUACAGGUUAAUCCUAAGGAUGCCUCUGAUUUGGAGAUGAUUGAAGAAGAAGAUGAAACAAGACUUACAAAGCUAACAGAGAUGGUAGAUAUGGUACAAUAGAGUGCUAUAGGGAAGUAGAGAUACCUGUGUUUUGGGGUGUAGUAACCUUAUGUAUGGGAUUCACUAGGUGUGACGACUAUUGUUACAUUGUACAGAUUACUGCAUCUAUUUGUUGUUUGUGUAUUUGUUGUGGUGUUGAAUAUAAUGAAAAUCUUGAAUGGCAACUUGGCCAAUUCCCCCUUUCAUACUUCUAAGUUCUAAACUUCAAAUCAUCAAUCCCAUGAGGCAUGAGCCUAUGUAUACAAAAUGAGAGAUCGUUAACUUACCACUAUUUUAUGAAUCUGGUGAAAAUUAGUUGAUUUGUGGCAAAGACAAUCUCAUAUAAUGUU